AUGACCACUUACGAGGACCGCCCGGGCCCUUUCACCCAACAGGUUAGAGGAGCCAUUCGAGCGAAUACAUUGAAACCACUGAAGAUUGACUAUACGGGAGUUGGAGACCCCUACCAGCAUCUACAGGCUUUCCGAUCGCAAACAAGUGCCAAGGGAUAUACGGACGAAGCGGCUACCGCUAAAUGCCGGGACCUUAAUAAGGAACUGGAUGAGCUGGCUUUCAGGAGGGGUUUAAGACGCGGAGAAUUUCUGUACUGGAUCAACCAUAAUCCUCCAGCUAACUACGACGAGCUGAUGGCCACUGCCAUCAGACACGCCUAUGACGAAUUCGAAACGUACGGGGACACCCCCAGACCAGAGCUAAGAUUUUCCACACCGGCCUCGACGGUCAGGGAUGAGCAACGAAAGAGGGAGUGGGUCCAUAGUCAUGACAGGUCACCCCAUACCUCAAACAAAAGAAGCAAAGAGUCCUCGUCCAGGUCUAACAGUUACGGGACCACUCACCCUCACCGGGAGUCGAGGGUACAACAGGCCCCGCGGACACCACCACCACCCCGGUAUGAGGUGUUCACAAUCCUCAAUGCUUCAUACGAGACUAUUUGGAACGAAAACAAGGAUGAGAUACCGGGACCACCCCCAAGGAAGUUCCCGAAGAGUAAACUUACCCAGCAGGAUAUCGGAAAAUUCUGCACUUAUCAUGAGGAUGCCGGACACAAUACCAAUCUCUGCGUUGCUUUAAAAAAUACAAUCGAGUCCCUCAUCCAGAGGGGCAAGCUUCAACGAUACCUACCUGCUAAGGAGAUAGAAGCUGUAGACGUGUACGGCCAGAUCUUCACGUUCCACGGUGGGGGCCCGAAAGAGUUGCCUCCCCAGAGGAAGAAACGAAAUUCUAGUUUCGGCGGUCCGGAAGUUUUCAACUUCCACAAGGCCCCGCAGCAAGACGGUGGCACCGGAUGGACAUCGGUGACAUUCCUGCAGGAGGAGGAAGCCGAUCUGAAGAUGCCCCAUGAUGAUCCCUUCCUAAUCACGCUCCAAAUGGACCAUUAUAUAAUGUCCCGGGUGCUCGUGGACACCGGGGCCUCAGUUAGUGUAUUAUUUCGCGAUUCAUACAAAGCUUUGAACAGAGGAAGAGCCAAGCUGUCACAAGAUAAUGAGCCCCUCAUUAGUUUUUCAGGAGAUAUCGUCCAACCACUCGGAUAA